AUGGCUGAUUCUCUUACCGAAGAGCAGGUCUCUGAGUUCAAGGAGGCCUUCUCCCUCUUUGACAAGGACGGUGAUGGCCAGAUCACCACCAAGGAGCUGGGCACCGUGAUGCGCUCUCUCGGCCAGAACCCCUCCGAGUCAGAGCUGCAGGACAUGAUCAACGAGGUCGAUGCCGACAACAACGGAUCUAUCGAUUUCCCCGAAUUCCUGACCAUGAUGGCACGAAAGAUGAAGGACACUGAUUCCGAGGAGGAGAUCCGAGAGGCAUUCAAGGUCUUUGACCGCGACAACAACGGCUUCAUCUCAGCCGCUGAGCUGCGUCAUGUCAUGACAUCCAUCGGCGAGAAGCUCACCGACGACGAGGUCGAUGAGAUGAUUCGCGAGGCCGAUCAGGACGGUGAUGGCCGAAUUGAUUACAAUGAGUUUGUCCAGCUUAUGAUGCAAAAAUAA